AUGGCCGCUGAGCAGGGUCGGACGGCUGAUCCGGACUUGGUCCGGCUUUGGCAUGAUGCCAUCGAAGACUUCAAGGGGAAGGCUCAGGCAUCGAAAGACUGGGAUGUUUUGAAGACGAUCAUCGACACUCAGAAGCAUCGUAGCUGGGUAGACAUCAAACAGGAUCCUGAGAGCUGGAAGAAUACGUUUGAGAAGAAACGGCAUCCACAGGAUCGUCUAUCCCGAUUCCGAACAGCGACGAACAACAUCUUCUCAAGCCUUGAAAAAUUCGUCGGCGUCUUUGGUUUCGCUGUCGAGGUCACAGCUGCAGCUAUUCCCCAGGCAGCGCCGGCUUCCUUCAUCAUUCAAGCUUUUUCAGCCAUCAUGGAGUCAUUCAGCCGGGUUAGCGAUGCCUUCGACAAUUUCAUGUCAUUUUGUGAGAGCAUGAGCGACACUUUCUGUCACCUUGGGGAACUCGAAGGACAACUCAGUGAGAAACCAGUCCUCUCAACAGACAUUGUGCAAGUGUUCCGAUCCACACUUCAGCUCUGUGCCGUAGCUAUUCAGAAGCCAGACAAACGGAUCAAAAUAUGGUACAAAAGUACCUUCAAGGGGGGCGAUAAGGAAUUAGAUGCAGCCUUCGAAGGCAUCAAAAAGUCAAUUAAUCGUCUGGACCUUGGGUUGCGCGUUGCCUCAUACGUUACCCUCCAGGAACUCAAGAAGAUGCACGCAAACGGAUCGGUGGAGAUGAACAAGACUCUCAAAGCAAUUCAAUUGAACGUUGACGAGUCUGACAAAUACGACAAGAAGCAGCUCGCAGAAAUCUCGCAAUACUUGGCAACCAUCGACCAGGGCUCUAUGCGCACUGAGAAGCAGCUUUCAGUGAUCAUACAACAGCUACAACGCACCGCAAAUCCAGCUCGGGGUGUUCAAGAGAGCGGCAGAAAAACCAAGAAAAAUCUGGCAACCAGAAAAGAUCAAGUAAUCGCCGCGCUUGAAGAGGAACUAUCCUCGCUCGAUCUAACAGAAUACAUCCAAGACCAGGAGGAAUGGCUUUUCGCUCCAUCCUGCGACUGGUUUCACGACCGUGAUGAGUACAAGCAGUGGUGCAAAGACCCCGAAGCCCGCAUUUUGUGGGUUACGGGAAAGCCAGGCUGUGGCAAGACCUUCUUAGCUCUGUCGACCUUGAAGAGGCUUGAAGGGCAGAACGAGAGUGUUGGCUACUUCUUUUUCCGGGAGGACAGAGUAAGACAACGUGAGCUUGAUUCUGCACUCGGAACAAUGGCAGUUCAAAUAGCGAAAUCCGACACCUACUACUCCCGAAAGAUCAGCGCAGACCUGAAGAAAGAUGGGAAUCCGAAAGCCAAUGGCCAGGGCAGCGCCGACUUGUGGAAACGACUUUUCGCCAAUCAAUUCACCGAAGAGAUGACGGAUCCCGUGUUCCUAAUCUUCGACGGCAUUGACGAGGCGAGCAAAGAUUCUCAAGAAGCGCUAUGCAGUAUACUUGCAAAGAUUGCUGAGGGGACUACACGAGUCCAUGUUCUGGUUACCGGGCAGGAUGCCUCAAUCCCUGUUCAGGCAGAGCCUGGAACAAAGGUUGUCGACAUGUCCGGUUCUGGUCUCAAGAAAGCUUACCGCUUGCUGUGCUCGGAACGCAUUGGCAAGAGUAUGCGACGGCUGAAGAAAUUCAGCAAACCCACGAAGCGGAAGAUAGCCAAAGUGUUAUCGGAGAAUGCGGAUGGAAUGCUCUAUAUUGAGAACAUGCUCUGCAGACUGGAAGCAAUCGGGCUUGAAAAACCAGUCCUUGACGAGAUCAGCACCCAGGUCCCCGAGGACAUACAUCAAGUAUACGAGCUGAUGCUUCGCGAUUGUCGCAAGGGACGAAAUGAAGAUCAGGCGAAAGCGCUGCAAGACGUGUUUGCUUGGCUCGCGUUUGCAAGACAGAGAAUGACCCUGCAACAAGCGGCAGCCAUUGCCCAACUUUCGCUACAGGACAAAAGUUCCCAUCUCGUCAUCGAGCAUGAGAUCGUAGGGAAGCUUUCUGACAUUCUUGAAAUUGUGCGAUCUGAAGACACCAUCCAGAAGAGCUUUGAUGACCAGGAGACACCUGAUGUUGAGGACGGUGGCCAUGCGUCAGAUGAAUCAGAAGAACUUCUCACCUUAGCUGAUGAUUUCAAGCGACCAAUCCAAUUUCAAGAGAGGAGCUUGCGGGAUUUCUUCAAAAACGUGCCAGAUGGAGAAAAAAAACUUCGACAGACACCAUAUGCAGCACACCUCACUAUCUUUUUGAUGUGUGCAAAAAUAAUCACCAGACCGCAGUCCGCCGAGGAGGAAGAUUCAUCGACUCCCGAUGCGCAGCUGGAAGCGUAUGCAUCCGACUUCUUUGCAGAACACCUGACCGAGAUCAGCCCAGGAGGACGUAACAGUAUGCACAAGAUCCCAACGCAAGACAGAAAGGACGUGGUCGAAGCUCUUGCAGGUAUUAUGACCAACAAGAACAAUGUCUGCGCUCGGCUUGAGAGACAUGCUCAGAGGGUGUUCUCGAAAAUCUCGAAAGACGGUGACUGGCGCUCUACUGUGCGCGAAUGGGCUGACAUUCCAUCGGAAAGUUUUCAUGACUACGGUUUGUCCGAAGAAGCAGCUCGAUGGGUCUCAUCUGUCAAAGCCGAGCACAGCCUUGGAGAAAUGAUGAUUCCACUGGCCAAGGGACAUGCGGAAAAUCUCAUGAGAGAGUCAAACCCUUGGCAAGCCCAGGAAAUCUACAGAUUCGCUGCCGACGCAUUUCUUUUGACCAACAUGUGCACUGAAGCCAUGAGGGAUGAAUCUUACGAUAUCAACUCCAAAGAUUCUGUCGAUGCUAUCCUCAAGAGCCUCUUCAAUACCAUAACCGUUGAUGAUGAAGGAUUGGCGAAUCGCGCUAUCGGCAUGAUUCAGUACAUUCUUGACCACGCCGAUGCAGAUGUGUUGCUCAGGGCCGUCGAAGGGUGCAAGAAGAGGUUUGACAAAUCUUCUUGCUCCAUGGUUCUGGCAUACAUAAGCUUUCUCGAGAACCGUUACACGGAAGGGAUGAAGCACGCCGAGCGGGCUCUCGAAUUCCUGCAACAAGCCGAACAAGAGGAUGUCUCCGCACCCGCUCUGAGAAGCCGGAAAAGCAGUGCUCUUGUGGGCAUCGCAGUAAUGAAAGCCCGGCUGGUCAGCGAUGGAGGAGAUACAGAACUACUCAAAGCAGUGGUUGACUGUCUGCAUGAUGCUUUUGACGUGUCUGAAGAAUAUGCGUAUCCGGAAGCGCUGUCCCUUCUGAUUUCAAGUGCAACAGUGCUCAACGGGGUUGAGAAAUUGACAGAAGAGUUUGGAAAAUGGCCAGAGAAACAUCAAAGAAUGUGGCUUGAUGGUGCCUUUGAAGAACAACACCAAGGAAAGCUGGACAUGUUCAAGGAGGGUGCCGUUCUCUCUGGAAGAACAGAUCUGAUCACCCACUGGUACAAAAGACUCUGCAAGGCUCCUCGCGAGGAUCCACAGACCAAAGCAUGGGCAGUCUACGAGUUGAUCAACACCUACAGGUUCACUCUAAACCAGCGUGACAACGCCGAACGCGAGCUAGAUCUCCUCCUUCGAGCUGCCAAUUCGCCCUCCCUUAGCUCGUGGUUUCACAUGGCCCAACGGGAUAAAGCUGACAUACUCUAUGAUAAGUUUCGGCACAGCAAUACCGUGAAAGAGAAGGAAGAGUAUCUGGAGAAGAUGAGAAAGCUUCUGAAAUCAGAGGACAACGACAAAAGCUUCGGGCUUUAUGAUUCUCUCGCCUCUAUCCAGCAUGCCCGAAUGGUGCGAGUGGUCGGAAAGCCGGCGGAGUACAUUGACGUGCUGAAGCGCACAUUCGACACUUGCGUCGACUCAUUGGAGGACGAAAUCUUGGACAACGACGGCAGUAGCUUCCGGCUCUUGGCCAAAACCCUGACUUGCCUACCUGAUAUGAAGCAACAAGCCAAGGUUGCAUUGUCAUUGCAGUUUUCGAUGGUCGACACCAAUCUCACGAAACUGUCGAAUGAGGAGGGUCGGGGCCACGAUGUAGAGGACGGCGAUGCAGAAUGCGAUGAGAAUCAGGAGCAUUCUCAGGAAAGCGGUUCCGAGCCUCAGGACGAGCUGUCCAAAGUUUCCGAAGAGAGCGAUGUUUACUUCUUGGAAAUGGAUAGGCAGUUCGCCGGAGAGCCGACCGAGGAAGACCUGAGCAAAUUCUCAAUCUACUGUGACGGCUGCGCCGUGGGGAUCGGCUGGUGGGAAAAGCCCAUGUAUCUGUGUUUAAUCUGCACGGACUGCGACUUAUGCUCCAGGUGUCUCAAGCGGCUAAAGGAAGCAGGGGAUGAUCGCCCAGAGGGGUCAUGGCACUAUUUCUGUGGCAAGGACCAUAAGUACAUUCGGGGCCCUAUGGAUGGCUGGAAGGGCGUGAAAGACGGGGAGAUUCAUUUCGGCGACGAAUCUCUUGGGUUCAAGGACUGGCUGAAGAGGUUGAAAAGUGAAUGGGCGAGAGCAUGCGAGAGGUUCUUGGCUGCCGAUUCCUUUGUUCAUGACAUUUUCUGA